UUGGCACUAACUAGAGGAGCAGCUUCCCACCCAAACAACGGCCAACGGAAUCGUCCCAUCAAUUCCAUCCACCCCCACACCCGCCGCCCGCGCCCGCGCCUGGAGCGGCGGGCCGCGGCCACCCACCCGCCCGCCGUCUCACGCCACCGCGGAAGCCGGCACUCACCUCGCGCCCGCCCCCACGUGUCCCUCCCUGCCGCCCGCGGGCCCCGCCUGUCACCCACCUCUGCCCCUGGUGGGCAGGCGAAAGCGACGCGUGAAGGGAGCGCUGCGCACGCCCCCCCUACCACCCCCCGAUGGGUGCCCCUCCCCAUCGAUAGCCGCGCCGUUGUCUGCUGCCCCCGCCCUGCGUCCCCGUUCCCCAUUCGCACCCCUCCCCACUGCCCGCAUCCAUUCCGCCGCCGCCGCCGCCCCGCUCCGCUCGGUUCCGGCUCUCCCUCCGCGCUGCUGUGCUCUGUGGGGCGCCGGGCCGCGCGAUCCGCCGCUGCCUCCGUCGAUUCGGCUCCAGUUUCGGGCGCUGCGGCGACCCCCCGAGGUGAAGCCGCUCCCGCAGCAUGUGACGUCGGUACUCCAACGAUGAAGGAGAGGAGCUCUUUAUGUGAUAGUGCAGCAGGUGGAAAUUGGGUUUCAAAAUUCAAAAGAAAGCGAAGCAAGUUAACAGCUAGCUCGUCAAAUGAGCAUGAGGCUACAUCACCAACAUCGGACUCUAUAAUGAACAAUGGUUCCAUAAAAAAGAGGUCCAAGCAUGACACUAGCAUUUCUACAUCAGCCAAGAAGAUAAGAGGACACGAUGGGUAUUUCUAUGAGUGUGUAGAAUGUGACCUUGGUGGCAAUUUGUUGUGUUGCGAUAGCUGUCCACGGACAUACCACUUGGAAUGUCUUAAUCCCCCCCUUAAGCGUGCACCGCCUGGGAACUGGCAAUGCCCAAGAUGUCGUACGAAACAAGUUAGCUUGAAGUUGUUAGGAAGUGCGGAUGCUGACACUUCCAAACGUGAAAGAACAAGGAGAAUGCGUACAAGCACCAUAGCAGAUAGCCCAUCUCCCCAUAACAAAGUCUCUCUGAAUACCCGGAGUCCCAUACAAGAGAAAAGUGAAUCAAACGAACAAGUAAAACUAUCAUGCCCUGGUGCAUUGAAGGAAGGUGAUCUCAGUGUGAAGGACAAUGAAGUUCAGAAAAAGAAGCCAUUGAUAGUACAUUUGAAGAGGCGCUCGACCAAAGAAUUAUCUGCAAUUACGAAGCCCUUGAAGUCAGGAUUCAUUGGCCAGUCUUCAGAAGAGAAACAGGAGAAACAUGGAGGUGCUUUGAAAAUGAAGAAACAUCUGCGCUCCAUGGACUUGUCUCCAAAGAAAUAUAAAACCAAGAGGCAGCAUAGUCACAAAGACUCUAAGCGAUCUGAAACAAAAAGGCUCAGAUAUUUGGCAACUGAUGUUGGCAGUGAUUCGUCAAUGGGGCCAUCAACAUCUCCUGAGCACUGCGAAUCACCACCAAAAAGGAGAUCUCUGGAUGGCAGAACACCUACAUCUAGUGCCAAGAAAGGGAAAAAGAAAGUGAAAUUUGUUGAUAAACAACAUUCAGAGGUGCUACCUGUGGCGGGGGAUACGAUAAUAACUCCUCAGGAGGAUCUGCAGGUUGACCGCAUCCUAGGCUGUCGGCUUCAGACAAGCCAAAUCAUUUCGCAGCCCCAUGCUUUAACAGAGCAGAUUGAAUUAACUAAUUUGCAGCUGGAAGGUGGGGUUCCUUCUAGUUCUUCCAGUGUGCCAACACAGCCGUUAAGAAACGAUACUGACACCACUCUGGAGGAUGUGUGCGCUGAUGAAUCAGCACAUGAUGCCUGUGAAGAUCAUUUGGAUGGUGGUGAAAUGCAGAAGGAGAAUAAUGGUAAAUACCAUGAAAAGGAGUCAGUGAACUCAGAGGAAGCCACAAAGACACUGUCAGAUCGUUGCACCGACCAAAUCAUCACAGUAAAGGAUGCUGGAGUAGUAGGAGAAAACAUACCUUCAGUAAAUGGUGACAUUGAGGCAGUAUCUGAUGUUCCAGUUGAAGGAACAUCGGAAAAGGGUGAUAUCAAACUUUCAGUUUCCGAAGUUGAUGCAACUGUGCAGACCAAACAAGAGUUGACACCUGAAAGUAAAGUCCAUGGAAACAUAAACAAAAUUGCAGGAAAUGGCCAUGAUGAUACUGCAUAUGAAUUUUUGGUCAAAUGGGCUGGAAAAUCAAACAUCCAUAAUAGCUGGAUUUCUGAAUCUGAACUAAGAACAUUAGCAAAACGGAAACUAGAAAAUUACAAAGCAAAGUAUGGAAUGGGUUUGAUAAACAUUUGCAAGGACCAAUGGUGCCAACCACAACGCGUUAUUGCUCUGCGUGUUUCCCUAGAUGAAGUAGAAGAGGCUUUAAUCAAAUGGUGUGGCCUUCCUUAUGAUGAAUGCACCUGGGAAAGAUUAGAUGAACCUAUCAUGCUGAAGUAUGUCCAUUUGGUUACCCAGUUCAAAAACUUUGAAUGCCAAGCUUUGGACAGGGAUGUGAGAGGUAACCGUGCAAAUGCAAGAAACCGCCAAGAGCUGACUGUGUUGGUUGAGCAGCCAAAAGAACUUAAGGGGGGCAUGCUCUUCCCACAUCAACUGGAAGCAUUGAACUGGCUACGUAAAUGUUGGUGCAAGUCAAAAAAUGUUAUCCUUGCUGAUGAGAUGGGUCUUGGGAAGACGGUGUCAGCUUGUGCUUUUCUGUCAUCCUUGUGCUGUGAAUUUAAGAUUAACUUGCCUUGUCUUGUCUUGGUUCCUCUUUCUACUAUGCCUAACUGGAUGGCUGAAUUUGCAUCUUGGGCGCCUCAUUUAAAUGUUGUGGAGUAUCAUGGUUCUGCACGGGCAAGAUCUACAAUUCGUCAAUAUGAGUGGCAUGAAGGCGAUGCAACCCAGAUAGGUAAAAGCAAAAAGUCUCACAAGUUCAAUGUCUUGCUUACCACUUAUGAGAUGGUGCUUGUUGAUGCUACAUAUCUUCGUUCUGUGCCAUGGCAAGUUCUUAUAGUUGAUGAAGGGCAUCGUCUGAAGAACUCUAGCAGUAAACUCUUCAAUUUGCUCAAUACAUUUUCAUUUCAGCACAGGGUUUUGUUGACUGGAACCCCAUUACAGAACAACAUUGGUGAAAUGUAUAAUUUGUUGAACUUCCUACAGCCUGCUUCUUUCCCUUCUCUAGCAUCAUUUGAGGAGAAGUUUAAUGAACUUGCAACAGCAGAGAAAGUGGAGGAGCUGAAGAAACUGGUAGCACCACAUAUGCUUCGAAGGCUGAAAAAAGAUGCAAUGAAAAAUAUCCCCCCGAAGACAGAGCGAAUGGUGCCUGUCGAACUGACAUCAAUCCAGGCUGAAUACUACCGUGCUAUGCUUACAAAGAACUACCAAGUACUGCGUAAUACUGGAAAAGGUGGUGCUCAUCAGUCAUUGCUCAACAUAGUAAUGCAGCUUCGGAAAGUUUGCAACCAUCCAUAUCUUAUUCCUGGAACUGAACCCGAAUCAGGUUCACCAGAGUUUUUGCAUGAAAUGAGAAUAAAGGCCUCAGCAAAGUUAGCUUUGUUGCAUUCUAUGCUCAAAGUGUUACACAGUGAUGGGCAUCGUGUUCUUAUUUUUUCUCAGAUGACGAAACUUCUUGACAUCCUCGAAGAUUAUCUGACUCUGGAAUUUGGUCAUAAAGCAUUUGAAAGAGUAGAUGGUUCGGUGUCUGUGGCUGAGCGCCAGGCAGCUAUUACUCGUUUCAAUCAGGACAAGACCCGUUUUGUAUUUUUGUUAUCUACACGGUCAUGUGGUCUCGGGAUCAAUUUGGCAACUGCAGACACUGUUAUCAUAUAUGAUUCUGAUUUCAAUCCGCAUGCUGAUAUACAGGCGAUGAAUAGGGCACACAGGAUUGGGCAGUCAAACAGACUUUUAGUGUACAGGCUUGUAGUGCGUGCUAGUGUUGAGGAGCGUAUCUUGCAACUUGCCAAGAAGAAAUUGAUGCUUGAUCAACUUUUUGUUAACAAGUCAGAAUCACAGAAGGAAGUGGAAGAUAUCAUUCGCUGGGGAACUGAGGAGCUCUUCAGGAAUAACGAUGAGGUGAAUGGUAAAGAUAAUGAUGAAGCUUCUGGUGCUAAACAUGAUGUAUCUGAUAUUGAGGUUAAGCAUAGGAGGAAAACUGGUGGCCUAGGUGAUGUUUAUGAGGAUAAAUGUAUUGGCAGUUCUACCAAGCUUAUUUGGGAUGAAAAUGCUAUUAUGAGGCUUCUUGAUAGAUCUAGCCUUCCAACAACUGUAGCUGAAAGCACUGAUGGGGAUUUGGACAAUGAUGAUAUGCUUGGCACUGUAAAGCAGUCAAUCGAUUGGAAUGAUGAUAUAAAUGAUGAUCCCGGUGCUGCUGAGGACAUUCCAAAUAUUGACAACGAUGGUUGUGAACAGGCAUCAGAAACAAAACAAGAUGCAGCUAAUCCUGUGGAAGAAAAUGAAUGGGAUAAACUUUUACGUCUCAGAUGGGAGCAAUAUCAAAUCGAAGAGGAGGCAUCCCUUGGUCGAGGCAAGCGCUUAAGGAAAGCUGUUUCUUACAGGGAAACCUUUGCAGCAAUUGCCAAUGAAGCAUUAAGUGAGGAUUCUGACGAUGGGGAUGAACCCAAGCGAGAAUACACUGCAGCUGGACUGGCUUUGAAGGAAAAAUAUGGAAAGCUCCGUGCUAGACAGAAGGAAAGGAUUGCUCAGCGGCACACAAUCAAGAGCUAUGCUGAUGAUAAACUUGAAGAUUUCAUAAAACUAUAUGACUCUAGUGUUAAUGAAUAUGGUGUAAACCCUUUGAGAGUUGUAGAAGAUCCUUACUCUGCGCAGCCAUCUGGGGCUAAACGUUUCAGUGAUUCAACUGCAGAAAUGAGGCAUUCCUCGAAGAAAGCAAAGAGAUAUCCUGAAAUCUCUCGAGAGCUUCAUGCCAAACUUGCUGCGAGUGCUACUUCGUCGAAGCACCACUCAAAGGCAACUGAUGUCUUAAAUCAAGGGACUCCACAUCACCUCUUACCUGUCCUUGGCCUUUGUGCUCCGAAUGCUGAUCAGGUAAACUCGUACAAGAAUUCAAAUUGUGGGCCAAACAUGAAGGAGCAAAAACCAGCUAGUGGUGAAGUAUUCAACAAGCCACUGUCACCUUCUGCUGCCGAGUAUUCUAGUGAACUAAAAAAUCAGGGCCAAUUGGAUCCCAGCAAGGCUAUGUUUCCUGGUUCAUCCGAAGCUUUGCGAAGGCUGGGUAACAUCAUUCCAGAUAGCUAUUUCCCCUUCAAUUCUAUUCCUCCUAUAUCUGGGAAGGGGCUUUGUGACCCUGUUGAAAAUCCUUUACCUUCUAUUGCUUCAUUUCAAGGGAAGAUGGGUCUUCCGAACUUUGGUCUGGAAGACAAUAUUCCACUCAGUCAUAUGAAGUCAGUACCAGAUCUAUUUCCCAACUUCCCACUGGGCACUAAUAAGGAGUAUGCUCGUAAUUCUAUCCCAGAAUUGCCAAACAGUUCAUUUUUACCGAACUUCAUGGCAGAUAUUGCUGGAAGUUCAAAAAAGGUGAGGUCAAAAUUCAUGGCAGAUAUGUCUGCCCUUCUUCCUGGGUUAGGUAUUAGCCCAGUUCAACCAAUCCAUUCAGCCAUGCCUGAAAAUCACAAGAAGGUAUUGGACAAUAUAAUGAUGCGUGCUCAGUAUGCCACAAAUAAAUUAAUGAAAAAGAGGUCAAAACCUGAUUAUUGGUCGGAAGAUGAACUUGACGCUUUGUGGAUUGGAGUUCGUAGGCAUGGAAGAGGUAACUGGGAUGCCAUGCUUAGAGAUCCAAAGUUGAAUUUUUUGAACCACCGCACUAGUGAAGAGCUAGCAUUGAGAUGGAUUUUGGAGGAGCAGAAAAUUAUGGAGGAACCAAUGCCUACAGCCACCAGAAGUUCCAACUCCACAUUUCCUGGUUUAUCUGAUGCCAUGAUGUCUCGGGCACUAAGUGGAAGCAACUUCUCUAAACUUAAGAUGGAGCCACCUAAGUUGCACUCCCACCUAACUGAUAUUCAAUUAGGUUGCAGUGAUAUACCAUCUAGAUUUCCUCAUAUUGAGCCUUCUAUGAGUGAGGGUGGCCCAUCACUGGCACCAUGGAAGGAUUUCAAGAAUAAAACAGGUUAUGGUGGGGAUUUUCCUGGAAGCACAUCUGACAAGUGGGAGAAAGCUGAUGUUGGACUGGUCCCACCAUAUAUCCCAAAUCCUUUUAUGAUGGAAAGUAUUGGUGCACUACCCAUAAACAUACCAAACAGUAGUUCGAUCCAGCAGAAUGAAUUUGCAUCAAGUUCUCAUGAGAACAUUCUUCUUCAUAGUGUCACAGAUGGGCAGGCCGAUUUGUUUCACGAGAUGCAGCGGCGUGUGAGGUUAGGCAAACAGCCCAUUGAAAUGAAUCUGUAUCACACAAAGCACUCAAGUCCUCUACUUGAAAACGCUGGCAUAUUUGGAAGUUCCAGAUCAAACAAGCUACCGCAUUGGCUUCAGGAGGCCGUGCGCGCUCCAUCUAAGCCAAUUGAAUGUGAACUACCACCAACUGUUUUAGCAAUUGCAGAGUCUGUGUGCCUACUUCUUGGAGAACAAAAACCAGCAAUACCCCCAUUCCCAUUCCAAGGACCUCGCCUUUCUCGCCCAAAGGACCCGAGAAAUACUCCAAAGAAGAGAAGAGUACAUAAGGUUCAGCAAGCAGAGCAUCCCAAAAUUGGAUCUGGGCAAGGUGAUCAAAUAUCUGCUCCAGCACCAAAAUUAAUGGAAGCUCCUCCUACUUCUGCAAUUGAUCAGACUAAUGAUGCCCCUUCACUAAACUUGAACUCUCCAUCAUCUUCUUCCGCUGGCAGUCAGAGGCAAGACGUGAUACCUCCUGCUUUUGAAGAAACACGCAAUACAAUGGAAGUUUCAGAAGCUGUUGCUGCUGCUUGCACGGCCAGGUCAGAGGCUCCUGAAACUGGUUGUCAGAGAGAUGAAUUCUCUGGGUUAGAUGGCAUUACCAGUGGGUCUUGUAGAUCACCAUCGGGGAAUGCUCCUGACGCUGGUGCUCCAAGGAGGGGAUUGUCGGGACCUGCAGAGUUCUCUUUGCUGCCAGUAGUUGAUGCAACUGGAUUAAGUACCACACGGGCAGUAGGACCUGUAUCAAGUGAUGAUCAGGAGCCAGAACAAGAAAAUCUAUUAGACAGUGACAAGCACAUUGGCGGCACUGAGAAACUGUUGGAGAAACCUACACCACUUGAGAGUAGGGAUUCAGGUGCAUCACAGUCAGUUUCAGCUCAGAUAGUUGAUGAAGAUAAAGUCGGCAUGGUUGCAGAUGAGCGUUAGACUUCAGCGAUGAGCUCAAGAUUUCGUUUUCGUCCGUUUAGGGCUGGGAUUUUCCCUUUCCCAAUGUUUCCAGUGUGAGGGUGCGCUGUGUUUGUAUGCUUAGUUCAGAUGGAGUAAAAACUCCAGGGACUAGUAGUUUAGCACUAGUCUGUCCGGAGCAACUCACGAGAUCCUCUCUAUAUACGUGAAAUGUAUAUUUGCUAACCUGGUGUGGACUGCGGACAAGUAUAUUCAUUUAUUUAUGCGUGUAUGGUUAAGAUA